AACCAGCACCAGCUAAACAGCGACGAGUUCUCCUUCAUCUUCCCUUUUGCCCUCUAAGCAAAGAACCAAGUUUUUUUUUGUUAACAAAAAAAAAGCAUCAUUGCUAAAUAAGCCACAAGCCGUCGUUCAGUGUGCACGUUGUCUUCAAAUUAUUAAUUACCGAAUUUUUUUUUCAUCGUUUGGUUUUAUCCAUCCGUUCCAAAUAUACCGAUAAAUAAAAUGGCUUACCUUCAAUCGACUCGUGUAUCAAACCACAUCAUUCGAUCAAUGCUUUUGGGCAGAUCAAGUGUUCGUUGCAUGUCCGGUGGUGUACAACAACAAAUGAAUGAAAAAUUGAAUACAUCAUCAUCAAUGAUUCCAAGUCGUGGUUUGCAUACAUCAUUGGUACGACGAGAUAUUGAUUCAGCUGCCAAAUUUAUCGGUGCUGGUGCCGCUACAGUUGGUGUUGCAGGUUCAGGUGCCGGUAUUGGUUCCGUAUUCGGUGGUUUAGUCGUUGGUUAUGCUAGAAAUCCAUCGCUCAAACAACAACUUUUCUCAUAUGCCAUUUUGGGUUUCGCCUUAUCCGAAGCUAUGGGUCUUUUCUGUCUUAUGAUGGCUUUCCUAUUAUUGUUUGCUUUCUAAGCUAAUUCGGUAAUAGUGAAAAAAAUCAAUUAUAACAUCUAUAUACCCCUACGAACACACACACACACACACCACAUAAAUACACACCUUUUCUCAAUCAUAAACAUUUUCUACAACAACAGCAACAAAAUAUUUCUGGGAAACAACAGACAGAAAAAUGACACCUGUAAUGUAAUGAAGAUUAAUAUGAGAAAAAAAAAUUAUAAUUACAAAAUUGUUUACAACAAA